AUGAAUUCAAAAGAAAAUUCUCGUUUAAUAACAGCCUUCGUAUGCAUUUCAUUUCUCUUUGUAUUUUUUCGAUGCACGUCCAGUCAGCCUUUAUCGACAAGUUUAUUGCAACGUAGCAAACAAAAUUAUAAUAAUGUUGAUGAUGUUGUUGCUGAUUUUAGUCGCAUACGUCCACUGUUAUAUUCGUCUUCAGAUGAAUUAAAUUUAGACGACAACGAAUAUGAAGAUUGGUCAUCAUUGUUGCCUAAACUUAUAGAAGAAUACAACAAACAUGAUCAAAACAGUCGAUCAUACUCAUCAGUGCCCGUUCGUCGAGCAAAUUUUUGGAAACGAGCAAAUUUUUGGCGUAAACGUGCCAAUUUUUGGUGA